CGCCCCGGCACCGACGCUCGCUACGAUCGCUCCUCGCCGCCGCCGUUCCCCGCAGCCAUGAGCACCGGCGUGUACCAGUCCCCCAUGGAGGUGGCUGUGUACCAGCUCCACAACUUCUCCAUCUCCUUCUUCUCCUCUCUGCUGGGGGGGGACGUGGUCUCCGUGAAGCUGGACAACAGCGCCUCCGGAGCCAGCGUGGUGGCCAUCGACAACAAGAUCGAGCAGGCAAUGGACCUUGUGAAAAACCAUCUGAUGUAUGCAGUGCGGGAGGAGGUGGAGGUCCUGAAGGAGCAAAUCAAAGAACUGUUGGAGAAAAACUCCCAGCUGGAGCGUGAGAACAGCCUCCUGAAGACCCUGGCCAGCCCCGAGCAGCUGGAGAAGUUCCAGUCGCGGCUCCCUGCCGAGGUGCUGUGCUCGCAGGAGCAGAGCCCUGGGGCAGCCCCCCCGGCCCCGCACGCGGGGGGUUCUGCGGUGUAAGGUGGCUCUGUCCUCGGGGUGGGCAGAGCCACGGAACUCUUUCUACUUCAUCCUGCAAAAAAAACCCAAAAACCUAAAACCACAAAGCUGUUUUUCCGCCUCGUGCGGAGGACUGCCGGAGCCCGGCGCUGAGCCGUGCCCGCCGGGCAAGAGCCAGCGGCCGCCUGCCACAUGAGGAUGCUCGACCGCCGGGGAGGCGCCGGCAGCUGACCUCGCCAAAACCUGGGCGCCCCCCGGGCACGUCGGUGGAACCCCGCCGUUGGAAGGAGCGUGCCCCGAGCCCCGUGCCUUUGCUGCGCUGGUUUUUGUUUUUUUGGGGGUGUUGGGGGGGGGAGGCAGCCGAAACCUGACUCUCGAGCAGCACGGGCAGUUGUGGUUGCACGCACGUCGGCGUGGGGAUUACGAGGAAAAAGAGGAGGGGGAAAAAAAAAAAAGCUUGUUUUACUAGUUCAGAGUCUUCUGUAGCCGUAUCUAUGUGCAAACAUGAGCAGCGCCCGCAAUGCUGCGGGUGCUCAGGGCCAGCCAUGCCCUUCUCUGUACAGCCGGGGGAUUUGAGUGGAGACUGGAAUGACAAGCGGCUGUAACUGGGUGAACUGGGUGGCCCAAAGGAGGGAACAGCACUGAUGGGGGGGCUGCGCUCCUGCCCGCGCCCCCCAGGGCUUGCCAGGUUCCCAGGUGACGGGAUGUCCCUGUGGACGUCAGACAGUUGGAGCGGUGACACGGUUGUGUAAAUUUUGUUAGAAAUUGCAAUAAACUCUACUUUUUUAUAUAA